AUGAUGAUGAUGAUGAUGAUGAUGAUGAUGAUGAUGAUGAUGAUGAUGAUGAUGAUGAUGAUGAUGAUGAUGAUGAUGAUGAUGAUGAUGAUGAUGAUGAUGAUGAUGAUGAUGAUGAUGAUGAUGAUGAUGAUGAUGAUGAUGAUGAUGAUGAUGAUGAUGAUGAUGAUGAUGAUGAUGAUGAUGAUGAUGAUGAUGAUGAUGAUGAUGAUGAUGAUGAUGAUGAUGAUGAUGAUGAUGAUGAUGAUGAUGAUGAUGAUGAUGAUGAUGAUGAUGAUGAUGAUGAUGAUGAUGAUGAUGAUGAUGAUGAUGAUGAUGAUGAUGAUGAUGAUGAUGAUGAUGAUGAUGAUGAUGAUGAUGAUGAUGAUGAUGAUGAUGAUGAUGAUGAUGAUGAUGAUGAUGAUGAUGAUGAUGAUGAUGAUGAUGAUGAUGAUGAUGAUGAUGAUGAUGAUGAUGAUGAUGAUGAUGAUGAUGAUGAUGAUGAUGAUGAUGAUGAUGAUGAUGAUGAUGAUGAUGAUGAUGAUGAUGAUGAUGAUGAUGAUGAUGAUGAUGAUGAUGAUGAUGAUGAUGAUGAUGAUGAUGAUGAUGAUGAUGAUGAUGAUGAUGAUGAUGAUGAUGAUGAUGAUGAUGAUGAUGAUGAUGAUGAUGAUGAUGAUGAUGAUGAUGAUGAUGAUGAUGAUGAUGAUGAUGAUGAUGAUGAUGAUGAUGAUGAUGAUGAUGAUGAUGAUGAUGAUGAUGAUGAUGAUGAUGAUGAUGAUGAUGAUGAUGAUGAUGAUGAUGAUGAUGAUGAUGAUGAUGAUGAUGAUGAUGAUGAUGAUGAUGAUGAUGAUGAUGAUGAUGAUGAUGAUGAUGAUGAUGAUGAUGAUGAUGAUGAUGAUGAUGAUGAUGAUGAUGAUGAUGAUGAUGAUGAUGAUGAUGAUGAUGAUGAUGAUGAUGAUGAUGAUGAUGAUGAUGAUGAUGAUGAUGAUGAUGAUGAUGAUGAUGAUGAUGAUGAUGAUGAUGAUGAUGAUGAUGAUGAUGAUGAUGAUGAUGAUGAUGAUGAUGAUGAUGAUGAUGAUGAUGAUGAUGAUGAUGAUGAUGAUGAUGAUGAUGAUGAUGAUGAUGAUGAUGAUGAUGAUGAUGAUGAUGAUGAUGAUGAUGAUGAUGAUGAUGAUGAUGAUGAUGAUGAUGAUGAUGAUGAUGAUGAUGAUGAUGAUGAUGAUGAUGAUGAUGAUGAUGAUGAUGAUGAUGAUGAUGAUGAUGAUGAUGAUGAUGAUGAUGAUGAUGAUGAUGAUGAUGAUGAUGAUGAUGAUGAUGAUGAUGAUGAUGAUGAUGAUGAUGAUGAUGAUGAUGAUGAUGAUGAUGAUGAUGAUGAUGAUGAUGAUGAUGAUGAUGAUGAUGAUGAUGAUGAUGAUGAUGAUGAUGAUGAUGAUGAUGAUGAUGAUGAUGAUGAUGAUGAUGAUGAUGAUGAUGAUGAUGAUGAUGAUGAUGAUGAUGAUGAUGAUGAUGAUGAUGAUGAUGAUGAUGAUGAUGAUGAUGAUGAUGAUGAUGAUGAUGAUGAUGAUGAUGAUGAUGAUGAUGAUGAUGAUGAUGAUGAUGAUGAUGAUGAUGAUGAUGAUGAUGAUGAUGAUGAUGAUGAUGAUGAUGAUGAUGAUGAUGAUGAUGAUGAUGAUGAUGAUGAUGAUGAUGAUGAUGAUGAUGAUGAUGAUGAUGAUGAUGAUGAUGAUGAUGAUGAUGAUGAUGAUGAUGAUGAUGAUGAUGAUGAUGAUGAUGAUGAUGAUGAUGAUGAUGAUGAUGAUGAUGAUGAUGAUGAUGAUGAUGAUGAUGAUGAUGAUGAUGAUGAUGAUGAUGAUGAUGAUGAUGAUGAUGAUGAUGAUGAUGAUGAUGAUGAUGAUGAUGAUGAUGAUGAUGAUGAUGAUGAUGAUGAUGAUGAUGAUGAUGAUGAUGAUGAUGAUGAUGAUGAUGAUGAUGAUGAUGAUGAUGAUGAUGAUGAUGAUGAUGAUGAUGAUGAUGAUGAUGAUGAUGAUGAUGAUGAUGAUGAUGAUGAUGAUGAUGAUGAUGAUGAUGAUGAUGAUGAUGAUGAUGAUGAUGAUGAUGAUGAUGAUGAUGAUGAUGAUGAUGAUGAUGAUGAUGAUGAUGAUGAUGAUGAUGAUGAUGAUGAUGAUGAUGAUGAUGAUGAUGAUGAUGAUGAUGAUGAUGAUGAUGAUGAUGAUGAUGAUGAUGAUGAUGAUGAUGAUGAUGAUGAUGAUGAUGAUGAUGAUGAUGAUGAUGAUGAUGAUGAUGAUGAUGAUGAUGAUGAUGAUGAUGAUGAUGAUGAUGAUGAUGAUGAUGAUGAUGAUGAUGAUGAUGAUGAUGAUGAUGAUGAUGAUGAUGAUGAUGAUGAUGAUGAUGAUGAUGAUGAUGAUGAUGAUGAUGAUGAUGAUGAUGAUGAUGAUGAUGAUGAUGAUGAUGAUGAUGAUGAUGAUGAUGAUGAUGAUGAUGAUGAUGAUGAUGAUGAUGAUGAUGAUGAUGAUGAUGAUGAUGAUGAUGAUGAUGAUGAUGAUGAUGAUGAUGAUGAUGAUGAUGAUGAUGAUGAUGAUGAUGAUGAUGAUGAUGAUGAUGAUGAUGAUGAUGAUGAUGAUGAUGAUGAUGAUGAUGAUGAUGAUGAUGAUGAUGAUGAUGAUGAUGAUGAUGAUGAUGAUGAUGAUGAUGAUGAUGAUGAUGAUGAUGAUGAUGAUGAUGAUGAUGAUGAUGAUGAUGAUGAUGAUGAUGAUGAUGAUGAUGAUGAUGAUGAUGAUGAUGAUGAUGAUGAUGAUGAUGAUGAUGAUGAUGAUGAUGAUGAUGAUGAUGAUGAUGAUGAUGAUGAUGAUGAUGAUGAUGAUGAUGAUGAUGAUGAUGAUGAUGAUGAUGAUGAUGAUGAUGAUGAUGAUGAUGAUGAUGAUGAUGAUGAUGAUGAUGAUGAUGACGAUGAUGAUGAUGAUGAUGAUGAUGAUGAUGAUGAUGAUGAUGAUGAUGAUGAUGAUGAUGAUGAUGAUGAUGAUGAUGAUGAUGAUGAUGAUGAUGAUGAUGAUGAUGAUGAUGAUGAUGAUGAUGAUGAUGAUGAUGAUGAUGAUGAUGAUGAUGAUGAUGAUGAUGAUGAUGAUGAUGAUGAUGAUGAUGAUGAUGAUGAUGAUGAUGAUGAUGAUGAUGAUGAUGAUGAUGAUGAUGAUGAUGAUGAUGAUGAUGAUGAUGAUGAUGAUGAUGAUGAUGAUGAUGAUGAUGAUGAUGAUGAUGAUGAUGAUGAUGAUGAUGAUGAUGAUGAUGAUGAUGAUGAUGAUGAUGAUGAUGAUGAUGAUGAUGAUGAUGAUGAUGAUGAUGAUGAUGAUGAUGAUGAUGAUGAUGAUGAUGAUGAUGAUGAUGAUGAUGAUGAUGAUGAUGAUGAUGAUGAUGAUGAUGAUGAUGAUGAUGAUGAUGAUGAUGAUGAUGAUGAUGAUGAUGAUGAUGAUGAUGAUGAUGAUGAUGAUGAUGAUGAUGAUGAUGAUGAUGAUGAUGAUGAUGAUGAUGAUGAUGAUGAUGAUGAUGAUGAUGAUGAUGAUGAUGAUGAUGAUGAUGAUGAUGAUGAUGAUGAUGAUGAUGAUGAUGAUGAUGAUGAUGAUGAUGAUGAUGAUGAUGAUGAUGAUGAUGAUGAUGAUGAUGAUGAUGAUGAUGAUGAUGAUGAUGAUGAUGAUGAUGAUGAUGAUGAUGAUGAUGAUGAUGAUGAUGAUGAUGAUGAUGAUGAUGAUGAUGAUGAUGAUGAUGAUGAUGAUGAUGAUGAUGAUGAUGAUGAUGAUGAUGAUGAUGAUGAUGAUGAUGAUGAUGAUGAUGAUGAUGAUGAUGAUGAUGAUGAUGAUGAUGAUGAUGAUGAUGAUGAUGAUGAUGAUGAUGAUGAUGAUGAUGAUGAUGAUGAUGAUGAUGAUGAUGAUGAUGAUGAUGAUGAUGAUGAUGAUGAUGAUGAUGAUGAUGAUGAUGAUGAUGAUGAUGAUGAUGAUGAUGAUGAUGAUGAUGAUGAUGAUGAUGAUGAUGAUGAUGAUGAUGAUGAUGAUGAUGAUGAUGAUGAUGAUGAUGAUGAUGAUGAUGAUGAUGAUGAUGAUGAUGAUGAUGAUGAUGAUGAUGAUGAUGAUGAUGAUGAUGAUGAUGAUGAUGAUGAUGAUGAUGAUGAUGAUGAUGAUGAUGAUGAUGAUGAUGAUGAUGAUGAUGAUGAUGAUGAUGAUGAUGAUGAUGAUGAUGAUGAUGAUGAUGAUGAUGAUGAUGAUGAUGAUGAUGAUGAUGAUGAUGAUGAUGAUGAUGAUGAUGAUGAUGAUGAUGAUGAUGAUGAUGAUGAUGAUGAUGAUGAUGAUGAUGAUGAUGAUGAUGAUGAUGAUGAUGAUGAUGAUGAUGAUGAUGAUGAUGAUGAUGAUGAUGAUGAUGAUGAUGAUGAUGAUGAUGAUGAUGAUGAUGAUGAUGAUGAUGAUGAUGAUGAUGAUGAUGAUGAUGAUGAUGAUGAUGAUGAUGAUGAUGAUGAUGAUGAUGAUGAUGAUGAUGAUGAUGAUGAUGAUGAUGAUGAUGAUGAUGAUGAUGAUGAUGAUGAUGAUGAUGAUGAUGAUGAUGAUGAUGAUGAUGAUGAUGAUGAUGAUGAUGAUGAUGAUGAUGAUGAUGAUGAUGAUGAUGAUGAUGAUGAUGAUGAUGAUGAUGAUGAUGAUGAUGAUGAUGAUGAUGAUGAUGAUGAUGAUGAUGAUGAUGAUGAUGAUGAUGAUGAUGAUGAUGAUGAUGAUGAUGAUGAUGAUGAUGAUGAUGAUGAUGAUGAUGAUGAUGAUGAUGAUGAUGAUGAUGAUGAUGAUGAUGAUGAUGAUGAUGAUGAUGAUGAUGAUGAUGAUGAUGAUGAUGAUGAUGAUGAUGAUGAUGAUGAUGAUGAUGAUGAUGAUGAUGAUGAUGAUGAUGAUGAUGAUGAUGAUGAUGAUGAUGAUGAUGAUGAUGAUGAUGAUGAUGAUGAUGAUGAUGAUGAUGAUGAUGAUGAUGAUGAUGAUGAUGAUGAUGAUGAUGAUGAU